CAGCUUGAAAGGUGAUAAUAUGUCAGGUUAAGCGCUUCUUUUCUUUUUUUUUAUUUCUAUUUUUUGUGGGCAACAGUCUUUACACAGUUUAAUGUCCCUCUACGAGCGCCUCAUAAGCGAUCAAAUACCGUAAACUGCCGCCAAUAACCCCUGGACUUAUAAGGAGGGCUUCUAAACGGAGUGGGACCAUAUCCAAGGGGGCUCAUAACAAGAAUAGAAAAAGGUCUUCGAAACAACAAUGCUAAUCAAAAUACAUUUUGUGUUUAUUGGUUUUUAAUUAAACUUCCAUACGCACCAAACGAGCGCGUCAUAAUAAAUCGAAUGUAUUUCAUGAUAUUUGGAACAGAAGCAAGAAAGGGCAUGGUCUUGUAUUGCUACAAAGCAACUUUGAUAAAGGGAGGAGGGGGAAUCACAAGGCUUUUAAGCAAAAAUACGGUACAAUGUCUCAAGUACUUUGCAACUGGUUGUAGCUUCUUUAGCCUGUUCCAGGUUCCAAGAUAGUGAUGUGCAGAGAUCGUGAAAAAUGGUGCGAAAAACGCGUGGGGGCUGGGGAGAGAGGAGCCUUCCCCAGAUCACGCGCGUCUUAUUUUUGGCUCCGUCUUGUUUCGCGCCACGUCUCCAUUUUCUGAGAGCCUGGCACAAGCUUUUGCUUCCUGAGAAUCAGUUCUCUGGAAACUUUCAGUGUGGUACCUAACUAAAGAUGUUUAAGAAUUAAUUAGCUGAAUGCAUUGGUCAGGUGCUUUACCACUUGCCAAUAUCCCAUUCUCGAUCGGCUUACACAACAAGAAUAUGAAACAUGCUUGCGCUAGUAAUGUGAGAUGCAUUUUUUAAGUGUGCUGUAUUGUUUCGCUAUCAAUGAUUGUUAAAUAUAAUUCCUGUAUUUGAUCAUCUUUUCUGCUGAUUGAAGGCUUCUUCCAAACUACUCUGUUCAGCGAACAGCCGAAGGUUGUAUAUCUGUGGAUUCAGUUCUAAUCAAGGUUAGUAUAUUAAUCAAGGUUCAGUAAUCGUACAUCAGUAACGAUACGACACCUGCUUAAAAACAGAACCAUUUUUAAAAGAUAACUUUAAAAUUUAUAGUAUAACCUGAGAUUUAACAGUCUUGAAAAGAUAACACGAGCAUUGUCGAAACAUAUUUUGCCAAAUCAAACUUAACACGUAUUUUUUCAUAGUCAAUCAUGUGUGACCACUUUCUAGUAAAGCUCACAAGCUUUUUCAUAAUGACCAACGUUUUGAAAAGGGUAGUCUACUGCCUUGCUAGUCGCAUUAACGAUUUGAUUAUCUCACGUACUCGCACAAUUACCUUAUUAUAACUGUAAAGUACUGACUUUUGCACAUCCACAGUUUAAUAAUGUAAUAGAUGAUAAUCUUGAAAACCGCUAAAGACUGUCAAUAGUCUGUUUGAUCUAAGUGAAUUCCAGUUAAACUCUCUUGAUAGGGAUUUCUUGCUGUCAGAAGACGACUAUGUUGAGAUCCCUCGUCUUGUCCCAGUCUCUCGUCUUAAUCGUACAAUUAUUUACUUUCUUUUACAUUUUUUUCAUCUAUUUAUUGUAUUGAAAGUAGCCCCAUUUUUGUUUAGUCCAUCCACUCGAACAAAGUAAUGUAAAUUUGUCCUUUCUCCCCGCGCCACCAUCAGUUCCUAGGGUAUUUGCGGGUGAGAAAAUUCUGUUAUCUUUAUAGUUGAGUUUCAAUAAUUUUCAUUCCCUGUAGGUAUCGCCCAGUGAGGAUGCAAACCAUGGUCGUUCAAACUGCUUGGCUCUCGUGUCCUGGACACUACAGGUAAUUACAGUCAAACCUGUAUAA